AUGUUCCGUACACUGCAUUCCAGAGUGCGAUUGAAUCUCGCUUCUUCCUUAUCUCUGCGACAUUAUCGACCUUCCUGCACCAACUACGCGGAAUGGACCCUCUCUCAUAUGCGCAAAAUGAGAAAACCCGCUUUGGUCAAAGUAGCCCAAGACUAUGAUUUGGAUACCUCUGGCACCAAGAAUGAACUCAUUGAACGUAUUCUGGCGUAUAAUCGUGGCGAUCGAAAUAUGGACAAUGUGGAUGGACCCGAGCAUGUCCUUGCCGAACAGUGGGUCAAGGCAUUUGAUACAAAGGUUGCGCAACGCGGAAGUCGUACAAAGGCGAGUGCCUGGCGUGAUACACGAACUAGCGCACCGCGGGUCGCUCAACGUCAUCCUCAUCAUAUUACGGAAAAAGAGGCGGUCACACCAGCUUCACCGUCAUAUGAUGCCGAAGAAGAGAUCAUUUUUGAACAUGCGUUAUCUGAUAAGGCUAUGCCCGAAGAUAGCGAUAUUGAUCUGGAAUGGGUACAGGCGUUUGAUAAAAAAGUGGGCAAUCGUGGAGCACGGCAAAAUUUGGAACCCGACACAUUGACGCCGUUUACACCCGAUGCUGCCAAGACGGUAUCGUCUGCUAUGGAUGUCGAAGGCCUGGAUUUCAUUCGCGUCGAUGAAAAGGACGAGGAUCCGCGCCAAAAAUUAAAAGAAGUUCUUACCGACCCCAUCCCGAAGCAAGUCAAACAAGAUCAAGAACAAGCUCAAUCUCAAGCCCCAGCUCACGAUCACCAUCAAUCCACCCACAAGUCACAACACGAAAGCAAAACCGACGAACAGCAAAGUGAAGGGAGCGCACGGAAUUGGAUAAUUAAUACCGCCAUUGGAUCUGGUAUCCUCAUUUGGGUCACAUCGGGUGCAGAGGGAUUCAAGAAGAUUGCCACCUUUUUGUCAUAG